AUGGGAGAGAUCCCAACGGAAGGCCUCUUCCUGAAGGUGUUCAUCGCCUGGAUAAUUCUUGCUGUGAUCUUCUACAUCUGGUCGUAUCUGCGCGACGGCAAGUUCAUUGGUGAAGAGGACGACAAGGAAGAGGAAGAGGAGGAUGUCACAGCUCACGACGUCGACAAGGUAAUCGACCAGAUUCUCAAGGAGCUGCCUUGGGACCUUCGCACAACAGACGCUCCACAGCGACAGAUAGAGUACACGUUCCACUACGGCCACAGCGGCAGCAUGAAUGUGCACCAAGCAGUCCCACCUCCUGCACCAGGAGGGGCGGUCUCCAGCACUGCCCCAGCCCCGGCACCUGCACCUGCACCGGCGAAAGCACCCAAAGUGACGACAAAGAGGGGCCUGAAGCUGAAUGAGGCCGGCAAGGCAAAAGUUCGCCAUGCGGUCAAGAAGGCGACGACCUUGGAGGACUUGGGCGAGAUCGACAAAGCCCUGGACUCGGGAAGGAUCUCGGACGAGCUCGCCACGCGCCUGGAGCUCAUCUCCAGUGACUUCGAGGCAGCCAGGACUCCGGCCGCGCUGCCCCUGGGUGCGCAAGUGCUGACACCCGGCGGCCUAAUGAAAGUGCGCAGCUUCAUCGAGCAGGCGACGGACCUGGACCGGCUAGCUGAGGUGGACAAAGCGCUCAACGCCGGAGAUGUCUUCCGCCUGCGAGUCAUGCUCAACCUUCAACCUCAGGACAUCCGUGAGCCUGGCGAAGAGCCCGAGGAGGUGGAGGAGACAGAAGAUGGAACGUUGGUGUUCGAGUCGGUUCCGAGCAUGGAGCGAUUUGCCAUGGACUCUCCUGCGGCGUUUGCGAACUUCUUGGAAAGCCCUGGCUGGAGGGAGCUUCAGACGCGCACCGCGCGACGACUUUGCGAUGGGUCGUAUACCUUCGAUGGCGACUGCAACAAGCCGCCGCCACCGCACCUGAAGUUUGCAGCCGGCCUCAUUCAGAAGCUGCUCGGACGGCUGCAAUCGGACCACCCCGACACUGCCAUCGUGCCAAUGCAGGCUUUCUUGUGCCUGUACGAAGAUGGCCAGGAUGCCUGCCCAAAUCACGUCCAUGACUGCCGGCAGCUGACCUUGUCACUGGGUGCGGAAAGGUUCGUGGCCGUGGAGGGAGAGAAGAUGCUGAUGAGGCACGGCGAUGUCAUGAUCUUGGACGGGGAGCGGCAUGGCGUUCCCGCCGACCAGGGCAGGCCAACCCAAGCGCGGGUUUCGGUGAACAUUUUCUUUACCACCGGCGCCGACGAGACGGCCCGGCCGGUGAGUGUGAACCACCGGGCGGGCUCCGGUUAUCAGACGAGCGGCAAAGGUCGCGGCGGAAAGGGCCACAGCAAGAACCGACAGGAGGGCUGGAGGCAGCCCAGUGCUCCUUCCGCUGGCGAACGCCGCAACCGUUGGAACCGGCCCCGGCAUGGGUGA